UAUAUUUAAAUUAAAUUAAAAAGAUGUCUUCUGGAAAUCUCAGAACAAAAAAAAAACAACAACUUUUGGUCAGAAUGUCGUUUUAAUUCACAUGUGGCCUCUUUAAAAAAAUAAUCUGUGAUACAUGCCCACAUUGCCCACAUUACCCACAAUGCACAGCAAGCAGCCACGUAAACAGACCUGCUAGCUGCUGCUCUGCAGUGCUGCUCUCUGCUAAAUGUAACAUCUGCUCUAUCACAGAUUAGCACAGGAUGCAACACUCGUUUAGAGCUUCAGUGAGUUUGCCAGAGCUGUAAGAUGUCGAUGGUGCUGUUCGCCUCGGUGGUCCGGGUCGGGGACGGCCUUCCUCUCUCUGCUUCCACUGACUACGAGCAGGACAAAGAGCUUCAGGAAACCAAGAAGAACAUCAAGGGUCUCUCCAAGAAACUCAGCCAGUUCCCUGACCGCUGCACGCUGAAGACUGGACCCUUCAAUGUCAAUUUCACAAGCGCGCUGGGAGUUGGAUACUUGAUGGUUUGCACCGCCAGCUACCCCAACGUCCUGGCCUUUUGCUUCCUGGACGAGCUGCAGAAGGAGUUCAUCGUGACCUAUGACCCCAAACGCAUCAGGAACGCCGUGCGGCCGUACUCCUUCAUCGAAUUUGACACCUUCAUCCAGAAGACCAAGCAGCGCUACAACAGCCCGCGCUCUCUCUCCACUAAGAUCAACCUCUCCGACAUGCAGACGGAGAUCAAGCUGCGGCCGCCGUACCAGCUCUCCGCCGACGACUUGCGCAGCGUCAACGGCUUCUCACACACAUCCUCCAAAUACAAAGGCAUCGCUCCCACCCAGAUGCUGGAUCCGGUGACGCUCCCCGGCAUCGUGUCCUGCGUGCUCAGCGUCCUCUGUGGAGGCCUCAACCUGCUGAGGGGGGUGCACGCUAUAGAGAGCAUCAUGCAGAAUGACGACGAAGACUUUAAUUAUGUGAUUGCCUUCUUCCUGGGCACGGCGGCCUGUCUGUAUCAGUGCUUCCUGUUCGCCUACUUCUCCGUCUGGAGGGACAGUAAGUCCUUCCUGGCGUUUGCACUCAUCUGCCUGUCCAACAUGUAUCUGUAUGAACUGAGGAACAUGUGGCAGAUCCUGUUCCACGUGGCGGUGGCAGCCUUCAUGACGCUGCAGAUCAGACUCAGGCAGCCUCAGGGCAAAGCUCCGGACUACAAUGUCUGACAAAGACCUGAGACACAAAAACAAAUCUUCAGUCGUGGAAACACAGCGGAGACGCCACUGCGCACAAAAGAAACUAACCAGCACCAGUGCACUGAUCUCUGAGAGGAUUUGGAGGUGCCUGAAUCCUUCAUGGAUUUGAUUGGGAUCAUUUGAGAAUAACCCCCAUCAUUGUCUGAUCAAAAUAUUUGCUUGGACUUCCUUUCUGUGCAGCCACUUUCAAAUCAGAGUCCUGCAUGUGUCCACUUGUACUCAUUCUCCUCCUGCACCCCACUUCCUGUUUUGCAACACCCCAAAAAUAAAUAGCGAGGUUUAACACUUCAGCUUUAGUUGUUACCAGAAAUGUAUUCAAACUUCCAGGUGUUUCAAUGCUCAUCUGAUUUAGUGUAUCAGAAUGAGACGCUUUUAUUGUCAACUAGGUUUUAACUUACAAGGAAUUCGCCUUGGUGUUUUGGUUCUUAUGCUGUAAGAAAUACUUAAAUUAUUUGUUUUAUUGUAUGUUAAGUAAAAACACGUUUAUGACAGCUUCUUAAACUCAAGCUCCGUUCACAUUUUAAUGUUAAAUAAUGUUCUAUAUCCAUUCCUAAGGUAAGGCUUAACACACGUUACACGGCUGAAUUAAACACCUUGAAAUCUCUAAUGUUUUGUGCACAGUUAGGACUCAUUAUUACUUUUUAAUUACUUCUUCUCCCAUUUCCAUCACAUCCAGUCUGUUACAUUUAUUUUACAUUAACUCAUGUGUUUCUGACGUGGUGCAGGACUCUGGUUUAGAUCUUGGUUUUAAACUAUGCAAUGCUGCCUUGUGUGUGUAUGUGGUUCUCAUUUCAGUGGCGGUGCAUUCAGGAGCCAAUGCCAAUAGAGUUAUGUCAUUUUUUGCUAUUUAUUAACUGACUGAUUCAGUGACAUGUGUUUGAGGGAAAGGUAUGUGAUGUUUUAUGACUUUUUCAGUUUUCCUAAAGCACCUCCUGCUCCAGUACACAGACACACAGUCUGCUAGCAUUCGAGUGUGAGCUAUGCACGUGUGAAGUGUGAAUAAACAGGUCUGAGUUGGCAGUAAAGACGAGUUGCUGUGUUUCUGAGGCCACAGGCAGCUCAGAGUAUCUGAGUAGCCUCUGGCUCGAUCUUCUUCGAGAUCCUUUGGGUCCGAAAUGGUUUGCCAAUGCACUGAAGAAGACUAAAAACUGAGUCUCUCACCCUCUGCCUGUGUAAUGCAUGCUAUCACGGCGAUCACAUUCAGUCUAUUAAAGGGGCCCUAUUAUGCUUCUCACUU